AGUGUAGUUUGACAAAACGCCUACUAUGUCGAGAAAGAAAACGAGGAAGUUGCUAUUGCGUUUGUUCUGGUUCUUAAUUUAGAGGAGAUGUUAGGUCAUCAAUAUAAUUUUAACAAUAACUUCAACCAGUCCACAAAAAAUAUUUUCUGAUUCUAUUUUUGCGAAACAAGGCCUCAGGUAAGAACCCGCCGCUUGCGGGUCUGUUGCAGGGCAAAUGACUAGGGAAGGCCUAGUUAACGUUUGAGACUCAACUAUUAGCUAAAGUUAACAAACAAUGCUUUGCGAAAUAAUGUCGCCACAUAACGUUUUUUCCCCCGCAAGUAAGCAACAUAGGGAAAUAUGUAACGUUAGCUAGCUAAACCAAAUAUUAUGUAGCUGCUAAUCUAGCUAGCUAGCGAAAUAUGUUGGCUAAAACCCAAAAUAGGUAACGUUAGCCAGCUACCUUGCACAUGUAGAUUUUAUUUCGUUGCUUAGCCACCCAGGGCCCGGGACAGGGAACUAAGUUUGCGUUGCAACAUUGAAUAAAUCAGAAAAUAUGGGAUGUGUUGUUUUAAUCAAGAGUUGUGUGCUAACUAGCUAUAUAGCAAGCAAGCCAUCAAAUGACAUAAUUGUCGUGCAUUUCAUACAGCGUAGCCUAGUGGUUAGAGCGUUGGACAAGUAACCGGAAGGUUGCAAGUUCGAAUCCCCGAGCUGACCAGGUUGUUAGUCUGAACUUCAUUUUGGAACAGUGAGGAUAACCAUCCUGCAGCUUUAUACCGCUUCUCCACACUGAGCCCAAGACUAUACUGACUGGGUCCUGACUGACAAUAUCACUUGGCACCCCUGGAGAAAUGGCAUCAGUGAAAGACAGCAGUCAAACACUCCUGUUGAAUAUCAUCACGAAAGAUGAAGAGGAGGAAGUGAAGAUUUGGGAAUAUGAUGAUUAUCCAGGAGCGAGUCCAGAGAUGGCAUCGGUGGAGCCGUCAAACAGCAGUCAAACACUGGGCCUAAAUGUCAUCAUAAAAGAAGAAGAAGAAGAGGAGGAGGAAGACGACAUUGGGGAAUCUGAUCACGGAGAGACCUCUAACUCCUCUGACCAAGUUGAGACAUUUUCUGCAUCAGGGAAGAAACAUCAGGAAGGAAGCAAAGCUAAAGGGUCUCACCACUGCCCACACUGUGAGGAGAGCUUCCCAUUCCCAUCUUAUCUUGAAAGACACCUUCGAAAACAUUCUGGAGAGAAGCCUUAUGCCUGCUCUGUCUGUGGGAAGCGCUUUCCUGCAUCACAUCAUCUAACAGUUCAUCAACGAGUGCACACAGGAGAGAAGCCUUACCACUGCUCUGACUGUGGGAUGAGUUUCUCUCAACUGAGUGGCUUGAAAGGUCACCAACGAACACACACUGGAGAAAAGCCUCACCACUGCUCUACCUGCAGCAAAAGUUUCUCCUAUCUGCGAGACUUGCAACGUCAUCAGCUGAUUCACACAGGAGAAAAGCCUUACUCCUGCUCUGAAUGUGGAAAGGGUUUCACCUCACCAAGCCAUCUAACUGUUCAUAAGAGAGUGCACACUGGAGAAAAGCCUUAUAAUUGUUCUGAAUGUGGGGAGAGUUUCUCUUAUGUAGGCAGCUUCAAACAUCACCAGAGAAUACAUACAGGAGAGAAGCCAUACUCCUGUCAUGACUGUGAGAAGCGCUUCACCUCAUCGAAUCAGCUAAAGGUUCACCAGAGGGUGCAUACGGGAGAGAAACCUUUCUGCUGCUCUGAAUGUGGGGACUUUUUCUCUCAACAAAGUAACUUGAAAUCACACCAGCGAACACACAGGAGAGAAGCCUUACCAUUGAUCUCACUGUAGAGACCCUUCAUCUUAACUACUAACUUCAGUCAGACAUCCACCAGUAGGAAAGCUUUACAUAUGACUGAUGCACAUUUUUCAACAUUCAAAUCAUUCCUUAAGUGGAUCAGUGGGCACGCAGGAGAGAAGCCGUAUCAGUAAUGCUAGACCUGCAGAGAUUAGUUACCCCCAUAAUGGCAUUCAUAGAAGAAGUGGGGGACAUUCUAAAAUGCUUGUGGUGAUCUCCAAUGCCUUAACCUGACUUAAGGACAUUCAAUCAAAAUGAAAGUAGAGAGGAAAACAUCUAGGGGUAACUAAUGUUGCUAAAGGUGUGUAAAAGGGAAAUAAUGCAUUAAAGGAUUGAUACAUAUUUGAAUUUAAGGUAUUAGAUUCUAUAUGGAACUCUUUAAAGUUUGUUAAAUUCUAUUUUUUGUUAUGUAGGCCUAACUGUAUUGGCUAUGAGUUAUAAUGAUAAUAAAGUCUUUACCCUGAAU